AUGUCUACCCGUCAAUCGACAAUCACCGUUCUCCUCUUUACUGUCUGCGCCCACGCCCAGAGCGGCGGAUACUCUGGAGGAGGUUAUUCAGGGCAAAACUCGCGCCUUUCUGGAGGCUCGAUAGCAGGGAUCAUUGUAGGUGCAAUUAUCUUCUGCCUCCUACUCUGUCUAUGCUGCAUGACGUCCAUGCGUCGACCCCGAGCUGGGGCUGAGAUUCCUAUCUCCACUAAUCAUCGUCGCUUUGGUGGCGGCGGCAGUAGCGUGGACCUGGGAGUUCAGGAAGCUGGGUAUGCAGGACCGCCUCAGCCGCCGUGGAAUAAUACGCAGGCGGCGAGUGAUGGGUACGGUGGCUAUCAACCUCCAGGGCAACCACCGGCUCCGCCUCCUCCGUAUAGCCGCGAAGGUGGAGAGUUUACUCCUGAGGUGCGCGAAUUCGCUCCGCCCCCAGGACCUCCGCCUCCUGCUCAUACGAAAUUUUGA